CAGGGAUUGGUGCUUAUCAGUGACGCUGCGCAUGACGUACAGGUUUUAGACACGUGGGCUUUGGUAUUCGAAGCUCACAUAAACAAAGGCACAUUGAGGAGAAGGGUCAGUCUGUGCUGUUAUCCCUGCAGUGCUGAAUGAAAGCCGCACUCCUUUACAACUGAAACGUCGCCUGUGGUUUUUGGCUUUAUUCUUCAUCUAAAUUACAGAAAACUGCAUGCGCUCCAUCUGCAUGGAUAAGCAGCAUCAUCCUUGAUGAAGGUGUAAGGGGAGGAUUCCAGAAGAAAGCUGCUUUCUUGAAAAUUGCUCAUCAGAACAAGAAAUAGUAUUGCUAUUUUAAGUGUCGCAGAAAAACAGUCACUCGACUGAAGCCAUGCCCUGCGUUCAGGCUCAGUAUGGGACAUCGCCUCAAGGAGCCAGUCCCGCAUCCCAGAGUUACAGCUACCACGCCGCUGGAGAGUACAGCUGCGAUUUCCUAACACCCGAGUUCGUUAAGUUUAGCAUGGACCUGACCAACACCGAGAUCACGGCCACCACUUCUCUCCCCAGCUUCAGCACAUUCAUGGACAACUACAACACCACUUACGACGUCAAGCCGCCCUGUAUAUACCAAAUGCCCCAUUCUGGAGACCAGUCCUCCAUCAAGGUGGAGGACAUCCAGAUGCACGGCUACCAUCAACAGAGCCACAUUCCACCUCAAUCUGAAGAGAUGAUGCCCCAUUCCGGGUCUAUGUAUUACAAGCCCUCCUCUCCUCACACACCGAGCACACCAAACUUCCCGGUGCAACCUAAUCAUAUGUGGGAUGAGCCUGGAUCGCUGCACAGUUUUCACCAGAACUAUGUGGCGACCACUCACAUGAUAGAUCAGCGCAAGAACCCGGUGUCGAGGCUAUCCUUGUUUUCGUUCAAACAGUCCCCACCCGGUACUCCCGUGUCCAGCUGCCAAAUGAGAUUCGACGGCCCCCUUCACGUGCCCAUGAACCCCGAUACCCCUGGAGCUCAUCGUGCGUUAGAGAGCCAGAGCUUCGCCGUUCCCAGUGCUAUCAGGAAGCAGGCAGCCAUAGGCUUCCCCCAUUCGCUUCAGCUUGGCCAUGCGCACCAGCUGAUGGAUAGCCAAGUCCCGUCGCCGCCGUCGAGGGGAUCUCCGUCUAACGAAGGUCUGUGCGCCGUUUGCGGGGACAACGCCGCCUGUCAGCAUUACGGAGUGCGCACUUGCGAAGGCUGCAAAGGAUUCUUUAAGCGCACAGUUCAGAAAAAUGCGAAAUAUGUGUGUUUAGCGAACAAAAAUUGCCCGGUAGAUAAGCGUCGCAGAAACAGAUGCCAAUACUGUCGUUUUCAGAAGUGCCUUGUUGUCGGCAUGGUCAAAGAAGUUGUUCGGACUGCUAGUCUGAAGGGUCGCAGGGGGCGUCUGCCGUCCAAACCCAAAAGUCCACAGGAUCCGUCACCACCCUCGCCCCCAGUGAGUCUCAUAAGUGCCCUAGUACGGGCUCAUGUGGACUCAAACCCGUCCAUGUCCAGCUUGGACUACUCAAGAUUUCAGGCUAACCCUGACUACCAAAUGACCGGAGACGACACGCAGCACAUCCAGCAAUUCUAUGAUCUCCUGACCGGCUCCAUGGAGAUCAUCAGAGGCUGGGCGGAGAAGAUCCCGGGGUUCGCUGAUCUCCCCAAACAGGAUCAAGAUCUCCUCUUUGAAUCUGCCUUCCUGGAACUUUUUGUCUUGCGACUGGCUUACAGGUCUAAUCCGAUGGAGGGAAAGCUGAUUUUUUGCAACGGGGUGGUCUUGCACAGACUACAGUGUGUUCGCGGAUUCGGAGAAUGGAUUGACUCUAUUGUGGAGUUUUCUUCCAACCUCCAGAGCAUGAAUAUCGAUAUAUCAGCCUUCUCCUGCAUAGCUGCGCUUGCCAUGGUGACAGAGCGACAUGGACUAAAAGAACCCAAGAGAGUGGAGGAACUUCAAAACAAGAUUGUAAAUUGUCUUAAAGACCAAGUGACAUUUAAUGGCGGCGGUUUAAAUCGUCCCAACUACUUAUCAAAACUUUUGGGAAAACUACCGGAACUUCGCACACUUUGUACACAAGGUCUGCAACGCAUCUUCUACUUAAAACUUGAAGACUUGGUUCCUCCGCCAGCAAUAAUUGACAAAUUGUUUCUAGACACUCUACCUUUUUAAAACACCCGGCCUUCCCGUCGACGUCAACUUCCAGAGACUCUGUGCGCGACAAGGACAUUUUUAGAUCAGCGCAGUUUUUUUCCAUGACACAUUUUCAGGCGCGGUUCUUUUAAAAUGUCCAAAAUAAAUGGCCAAGGAUCCCUUAGAAACUAUCAAAGCAAAGUAAAACGAAGAACGUAAAGGAAAUGAACUGGCGUUUUCGUUUUAGUUUCCCUUGCAUUAUUAUGAGAAAAUAAACGACCUCUUUUCGGGAGAAACUGUUCGCCAAGGCUAUACCCAUCUGGGACUUUUCAUCACCCAGUUAACCAUCUCCCCACCAACUAUAUUCUUUGCUGUCAAUGAAAGUAUCUGUUGUAUGGAGAACACGCCCUAUAAUGUAAUAUAUUCAAUUUAUAUAUACAUAUAUAAUAAAUUAUUGUGAUGCGUCCAAAUGCGUCAGUUUAUAAGAGAUAUAUGAAGCUCGAUUCCGUUACGCUUUUUAUAUUUUCUGCCUAUGUGUUUCUGUCAGAAUUACAGGAGGGUGAGAGUAUUUCAACAAAGGAACGCAUGUUGUAGGAUUUCUAUAGGCCCUUGCUAUCGAGGUCAUGUCUAUAUUAUACAUUAUAAUCUGGACACUAUGUAGUCUGAUAGAUUUUAUAAAGAUUCGUAGUUCUGGGAUAACUUUUAUGUAUGAAACAUGUGUGGACAACGACGUAUCUCAUCUGUAUAGGUAAAAGGGACCCAUGGUGUUUGUAAAACUGUCCAAUAUUCCUUGUUUGUAAGUGUUGUAUGUACCGUUGUUGUUGAAUAUAAAAGUUUCUAUAUUUAUUAUUAUUUUUUGUUGUCAAAAAACUACAUUUUGCAUGCCGCAGUUUAAACAUCCUAGGAUAUCACAAUCCAUUCAGAGGUUUCGAACACUAUGUCUGUUUUAUGUUAUAAAAUACUGAGUAGUUAUAAUAUAAUAAUUACACAUUUAAUUUGUUUGGUUUAUUUUUUGAAAUCACGUCUUAAAUGUAUAUUUCAAAUAGAUGUGUGCGCCCAACGCGAUCCACUGCCUUUUUCUAUGGUGUAUUUCAGUAUUGCAAUGCAUUCCGUGCCGAUUCCGAAAUAUCUCUCCUUGAGAAAAACAUAUUUAAUGUUUUCAAAUAAAAUUGUUAACUUAA